AUGUCUGACCAACCUCCCUCAUACGGUGGCCAUCCGAACUAUGCGCAACAAUGGCCUCCUGCAUAUCCCUCGAUGAUCCCCCCAAACUUCCCUGUCAGCUCAGGCUAUUCUCAUAUGACCCAGCCACCAGCUACAAAUCCUGGGUCGACCUUCGACUAUAACAUGGCAAGCAUCAACGCGAAUUCGCGAAUCCCAGGUUCAAAUGGCCCUGGAAACCCAGCAUUCAUCCCACCUCCGUUCCCCUUAUUCAAUCACUUCGACGCCUCACAAUUUCCACCUCCUUUCCCUCCAAUGCCGUUUGCCCCGAUGGGCUAUCCCCCAAUGCCAACAAGGUCCUCAAAUGGCCCCGUGUCAUAUCAGGGUAUGGAUGGACGUGGCUCACGCCAACUAUCAACACCGGCCGUGCCUUCAAAAGAUGUCCCAGCUCCUGCAGAUAAUCACCGCGAGGAGGGCGAAGUUAGUGAGGAAUCGGAUGCAAGGUCACUACAGCCGGCGCGUAAGGCUACGCGCCAGUAUCUGGACCUAGAAGAAGGAGAAACCAUAUCUUCUAGCGCACGGUCUGCUAGGAGUACAUACAACCCUCCUUUGUCCAUCUCAGCAGACGCAAGCAUGGUCCACCAUGCGAUGCAGUCUCAGCGACAGGACCCGCCUGCAAUUGUCCCAGCCCCUCCACCUCAGAAAUCGGUGGCACAGCUACGAAUUCAAGCCCAAGGCGCUUUGCUUAGCUUGGCGCCACAUAAUAUCCGCUACAAUGAACUGGUUGCGGAGGGUAUCGACCCUACGAUCCUGAAACGCCUUUACGAAGAAGUCGGCAUCAAGGUCGCCACUUCACCUGGGCAAGCUCCACCAGCCCGUGAGAAGGCGUCCGCCGCGUCUACAGUUGCUACCAAGGAACUAGGACCUAACAAACCAGCUGAAGUGACCAAGAUAGCGAAGGAUAACUACAGCACCACGAAGUCAGACCUGCCAAAUGCCCAACCCUCUGCUCCAUCCACCGCCACUCCUUCAAAAUCUGGCAAGCCUUUGGAGCGCAAGGAACUUAUCGCCCGCAUGCUGGCUGAGAAAGCUGCGAAAGCGACAUCCAAAGAGACUUCACCAACUGGCAGUGCGAAAUCCCCUCCUGCGAUACCAGUUGAGGAAACCCCUCCGGCUCAGAAGGAAAUUCUCGUAAAGGAGAAGAGCAAAGCUCAGACGGAGUUGGCGAGGCAGAGGAUUGAGGAACUCAAGAAGCAGACUCUACUAAAAACUCAGAAAUUGGCUCAGGCAAGUCUGCCGCCGACUCAGUUAGAAACUCCGGCGCCAGCUAUUCAACACCCCCUUCCCCUCCGACCUCCUGUGCCUGAAUCACGUGGCUCUGCUGGGCUUCCAGGACUUCUCAUGACUGGAUUAGAGCAGGGGCCACAUGAAACUCCUGCUUCUGAGCCGGUACAAGUGAUCGACGUUGACUCGACACCAGUGUCUCGAGCAUCCCAACGCAAGCGCCCUCGGGCUUCAGAUUUCGAUGAGCCAGUGGCACCGCCGAAGAAGCAUUUCAACCCUGCCGCGGCUCGAUUCGACCCUACCGAUAAACUUAUCAUUGCAAUCAGCGACGACGAGGAAUCACUUUACGGCGAUUAUGAGGACGACAACAUGGAGUUGGAUUCGAGCCCAGAACAGGAACCAGCGCCAAUAGUGACCUCUACCAGCGUCAAGCUUCCUAUUCAAUCAAAUCCUCCUGCCACCCGGGCUGCGACCUCCACGCCACAAGCCCCUUCUAGUCUUAGUGACCAAGGAGACAUCCGACUCAAAGAUAUGGAAAUUCAAGCUAUGCGCCGCAAGAUUGCGGAGCUAGAGCUACGAAGGAAAUCCAAGCUCGCUGCCAGCCGAACCCAGUCACCUCGCACCCUGGAUGACUCUGGGGCGUCGUCAUGCGGUGGACCAUCCAGCGUGGUCGCAGCUACUUCUGAAGAAGAUUCUUCGAAGACUAAACCGACGGCGACCGUCUCUGAUACGCUCAUCCCUGGUCCCCCCUCUGGCCACCUAGAAGCAGCAUCCGAAAACGCUGUCACCCAAGAACCGCUUGAAGAAGCCUAUACUGAUGAAGUGGCGAACGGUGUAAUCGAUAGCACCGCACAGACAUCGGCUUCAUAUCAGUCCGAUUCUGCGGGGUCAGCUAUGCAGGAAUCUGAUGACAGCAGCAGUGAUAGUUCCGAUUCGUCCAGCGAGAGCGAGGACGAACCUGCUAGCUCGCCAGCACAAGCCGAUGCCGAUUCUGCUAUUGUGCCGUCAUCCUCAGAGCCUAUGGAGAUUGACUCUUCAGAGCGAUCUGCGACUCGGAGCUCGCCCUCUGCCAUCACUCGUCCUAGUGCAACGUCUGCCGACGAAUACACUUCUCAGCGUCACCCUAGCGAACAGUCUCGACGUGAAGUGUCUGCAGAGUCCGACGGCUAUGAACCCCCAGAGCCUGAGACUGAAGCUCAGUCUGAAGGCUCGAGUUACAGCCCUCCUCCAUUCAGCCCAGCUCUUUCCGGUCUCGUAGAAAACACAGCAGUCUCGGCACCAUCAUUUGACUUGACUCAAGCUGAUGAAGAACUAACCAGCGCGCCUCAGAUGUCAGACGUGUCAGACCCAUUACCUCGGUCGGAUUUGCAGGUUGGCGCUCCUGGCACCGAAGCAUCGUCCGCCACUUCGGAGCAAAAGUUCACACCGUACACCAGCCCACUACGAACUUUCAAGGCUUAUCGCUACCACCCGCAUUAUACCGAAGACCCCGGGGGUGUCUGCAAUGACCGAUCCUGCGAGUUUCAGCAUCUUCGGGACAUGACUCUAAGCGACGACAAGAUUCUCGUCCAGAUGGGCUCCGUCCGAGAGGGUCAAACCGAAGAAGAAAAAGAAGCAUAUCUCGCUGGUCUGAAAGAGAUCAUCAACGAUUUACGGCGUGACAAGGUGAAAGAUUUCAACACUGUGGCCUCCGAGAUAGCCGCAUACCGUAGGCGCUUCCUCCAAGACCCGUCACGUGUCUUGUCCCUGUAA